GUCUUCUGGAGGUCUGCGCACACUUUAGACGGUAGAUAAGGUUGCAGUCGCUCUCAUAAUGGUCAAAUCAACUCAGAUUGCCAGGCUAGAUGGCCUGAUGCUAGCAGCGUCGGUGGAUGAUGAACAAGCAGAAGCAGAGCUUUCCGAGAUUAAGUCUCAGGCCAAAAUGAUAUUUCGCCGGUUGAGCCGCAAUUCUGCACCACAAGCCAGUAUUGAAUGCGGCCAGUAUAAUUUACACUAUCUCAUCAAAGACGACAUCUGCUUUCUGUGUAUCUGCGAUCGUUCCUACCCCCGGAAGCUUGCCUUCACCUAUCUCGAGGAUCUAGCAACGGAAUUCACCACCACAUACUCCCCGUCACAGUAUCAUUCUCCGACUCUGCGACCAUAUGCUUUUGUGGAGUUCGACACUUUCAUUCAACGCACGAAGAAGAUUUACCAGGACAGCCGUGCAUCGCAAAACCUCGACCGGUUAAAUGACGAGCUUCGUGAUGUAACCAAGGUAAUGACCAAGAAUAUCGAGGACCUUUUGUAUAGAGGCGAUAGUUUGGAACGCAUGGGCGAGCUAUCGGGGCGUCUGCGGGAGGACAGUAAGAGAUAUAAGAAAGCCGCAGUUCGCAUCAACUGGGAGCUGUUGAUCAAGCAGUAUGGGCCAUUUGCGGGUGUUGGCUUCCUCUUGCUCUUCUUAAUCUGGCUUCGGUUCUUCUGACCCCUUUUCUCUUCCGAGCGCUUAGGGUGUUUUAAACCCCCUCUCUUCAAUGUAUCUUAAUGUUUCCUCAUGGAUGCAGGACAUCCUGCCACUCAUACUUGGCCUCCUCAGUUUGAUAAACACAUAAUCUCCAAGGCAAAGCCUCAUACUUACUAUU